GUCAGCCAGCACAACUGCUAUGCUGUGUUAGCAUAAACACCAUGUGUUAGCUCAGAGUACAGGCUAGUAACAAGCUGACCACAACACGAAACCUGCUUUAAAAAUCUGUCAGGUCUGUAUUACAUUGAUAUUCAUCAUGAUAACUCCUGCAUUUGACCUGAGCCAAGAUCCCGAGUACCUGAUCCUCAGCAUCCGUGUGCCCUACACCAGAACAUCAGAGUUUGACCUUUACAUAGAGGGAACAGACUUCAAGUUCUAUGCCAAGCCUUACUUUCUUAGAUUAACUCUUCCUGGAAGGAUAGUGGAAGAUGGAAGAGAAAAGGCCAUAUUUGACAUUGACAAAGGUCUCUUCACUCUUCGGGUCCCUAAGGAGACAACUGGAGAGCACUUUGAAGGCCUCCAGAUGCUGACUAGUCUCCUCGCUCCCAAAGGAUCCCGUUCAGCCAAGCCCUUGGUUGAGGACAUUAGCACAGAUUGCAGUGAAACUGUGGGAGAUGAUGAAGAGGAAGAUGAAGAAGAAUUUGACUGGCAAGUUGAGCAGGAAGUGUACAAGGAGAGCUCUGAAGAGGAGCUGAGAGCCCUGCAGAAAUAUGGCUUUGGUAAUCAGAGGUCUGGAGUGUUUGCCAGAUUACAGGAGGAACUGAGUGAAGUGAUUGAUGUCAGGAACCCAGAAGGAACAACAGUAGCAGAGAGGAGGCAGGCGCGGCUGGAAGCAGAGGUAUCUGCCUUCUCUCCUGACCAUUACCUAGCCGAUUUGUUUGAGGAUGACGAGAUAAAGAGGCUGCUGAAGUUUCGACCAUGGUGGGCAAAGCUGAGUCCUUCUACAGACCAGGAAGGAGAAGCUGCCGUAUCAUUCACCGACGAUGAGAAGGAGCAGCUAAGAAAAUUCACCAACCGCUCCUACCUGCUGGACAAGACAUCCCGUUACCAAGUGUGGCUCAGCCUGGUGGACAUCCUGCUGGCUUAUUCCUAUGAAGUGCGCUCUACAGAGGGAGAGCACAAUGUGGAGUCACCAUGGACGAUCAGAAAACUCAGCGGGACUCUUUGCUGGCUGGAGACGUACAGCUCCUUGCAAGAAGUCCUGGUGUCAUUUGGACGGCGGGUCUUGUGCUACCCACUCUACAGACACUUUGCCAUGGUCUCUGCGGCUAUUAGUGACACAGCUGUGAUUUUGCAGUCAGGGAAAGCCUGCGUCCUCAAAUGCCUGCUGGAUAUUCACAGAGUCUUCCGACAGAACGACCCAGCCUACAUACUGAAUGAUCUGUACAUCACAGACUACUGCAUCUGGAUCCAGAGGGUCAAGUCCAAGAAGGUGACAGCCCUGGCCGCUACGUUACAAAAAGCCUCCCUGCUGAAAAAAGACUUGGAGCUGGAGCUUGAGGAGCUAGAGGAGGCAGCGACAAUGGUGGCUGAGGAGCAAGAAGAGCAGGAAGCUUCCAAGAGUGCUCCGAUACCCAGCGGUGACAGCAGCAGUGCUUCCAGUGACAGCAGCAGCAGCAGCAGCAGCAGCAGCAGCAGCAGUGACUCGUCUGAUGAGAGCGAGGAAUCUGAUGCUGAAGGGCAAGACUGCACUGAAACCAAAAAAGGAGGAGGAGGAGAGACAUUUAAGGACAACCCUCUCCAGCCCCAACCCACCUCCGCUACCUCUCCCAUCCCCCAGGAGCCCACAGUCACAUUCCUGUCAGCAGGGAGGAAAGUGGAAGCCCUCCCCUCAGCCUCAGAAGGCUCCAGACAGCUGAUCCAGGAGCUGGGGGAACGGGUGGCAGAGGAGCUGACAAUCUCUCAAGACUUGGAUUCCAGCUACAAAGCAGAGAGGAACUGUUCACAGCUGAGCAGCGCUGCAGCAAAGACUGAAGAAACAUCAGGGAGGAGCAGCAGCAGUGGGACUUUAUUAGAGCUGAGUCCUCGCAGAAACCCUCUGCUCAUUGUCCAGACACAGGAAGAUAUAGAUGAGAGUGUCUUCAUCUGCUGAUGUGGAACUUAAAUCCUACCUGAUGAAUUUUGAACUCCAUGUAAGUGAUGUAAAAUGUGACUGUUUGUUUCUAAUUUUUGUAACAGCUUUAUUUUUGCUUCAUUUUGUUGUGAUACCAAGAUUUGUAAUACUUUAACUCUCCUCCAAAGGAACUUAUUCUCCAUGAUGAAUGUUAUUUUUUUAAUUGAUGAACUUGCUAAAGCGUGAUUAAAAUUCUUGUUGUCAUAUUUACAUGGCUAUUUGAUUAGCAUGCAUAAGCUUUUAGUCUCCCUGAGGUCAUUAGAAGAUAGAAGAAGAAUUGUUGGCAGCCCAGCCUCCUUCUUCUUCUCUCUGUCUUGGCUUAUGUGUUAUCUGACUUUGUUGCUACUGCUCUAUAUCCGAGCUGCCUACUUGCUAUACAAACACAUUUUUUCUCUCUGAACAUACUGUUUGAUUUUAUAUGAAUUAUUCCUGCUUCUUUUUAAUUAUUGAAAGUAAAUUACCAGUGUUUGUGAACUCAAUUCUGUGCACUGAAAUCUGCUAAUACUGGAGAACUUUUCUACCAUCCAUGUAUAAUUCUAUAUACAUUUAUGCAAAUGAACUAAUACUAUCUCUGUACAUGUUGGGCUCAAAUAAACAAAACAAGAAUGUCAAGCA